AUGUCACGCACCUCUCAAAGAUCUCGACGUAGGAUCGUAUCCGACACAGAAUCCGAAACUGAGGCAGAGGUAGUAGAAAUCAAGCGGAUAUCGUCGAAGAUGCAAACUGAUGAGAAAGUAUCUCCUUCCUGCUCACCUGGCCCUUCCAUACCCCGGAUGACAUUUCCUAAAAUCCCAUUAACACCUAGAAAGGAAACCAACUUCGCGCCUUCUUCUUUAAAAAGAGUGGAACUCUCUUCUGGAAAAGUGAGAACUCCGGGAAAGAAGUUGCAGGGAUUGAGGUUUAUCGGUACACCCCCUAAGAUGUUGGAAGAGGGGAAUGUUGCGGUUGAAAUAUUGGAUGACGCGGCGGACAACGCUCAGAUAGCUCGAGAAGAGCAAGAGGAACAGGAGCGGGAUGACUUAAUGGAACAGUUGGAUCUAGGUAAUUUACUAUUGGAAGGUGAUACUGCUUCAGGUAUCAAGGAAGUGAUUUGUAUAGACGAAGAGGAGGAAGAUGUUGAUGGAAUGUCACAAUUCUCUCCUGGACCUUCAUCACCUACGACCGAAUCCCUCAAUAAUGAUCCAACUUCUCCCUCCCCUGCAGAGGCCCUCAGUCAAUCCCCUAGUCCCCGAUCAACCACUCCUAUAAUCGUCGAAUCCGAUUCUGACGAAUCAGUAAUAUGGAACCCCACUCCAAGACGUACACCAGGUAAACGCAGAGUGGUAGUGUCCGACUCCGACUCCGACUCCGACUCUGAAGCUGAACUAUCCACUUGCCAACGCGUCCUUCCUAUUUUGCCCUCUUCUGCUCCCGGUCCUUCGUCAGUGCGCAAGACCAGAGGUAAACCCGCCGCAUUGAGGUUCAUAGAGGAACAAGCGUACGACCAGAACGACUCUCAGGAAGAGGUAUACGAAGAGGAGGAAGAUACUAUGGGAUCGUUGAGGGAUUUUAUUGUGGAUGAUGAUUAUGAUUCUGAGGAGGAGGAAAGUUCAGCCAGUGACCAAGACGAAGAUGACGACAAUGAGGAGGUACAUGAGAGUGAAGAAGCGAUAAGAAGUGGUUCAGAGGAAGACAGCGAUAGUGAUGGGAUCGAGAUACUAUCUUCACCACCACCUAAAUCUAAUAAGAUACCUGGUACCAAAAGUGACACACCUUCCUGGACACCAGAUUUAAGUCAAUUGGUCAUUGCUUCCUCCGACUCAAACUCCGACUCUGAUGAAUCUGAUUUAGUCGAUGGUAGGAAGAAGAACAGAAAUAUCAUUUCUAAUAAAGGGAAAUCGGAUAAAUCAUUAUUUUCAAACAAAGCUUGGAUAGAAGAACGAACACGAAUAGCCAAUUCGAUAUUUAAAGAGUUAGAUGAGAAGGUCUUCGAAAAUAGAUUGGGUAUGAAGGGCGUUGGAGCCAGGGUAGAAUGGAAUAACAGGUUGUUAACUACUGCUGGAGUGGCGAGGAUCAAACGAGUUACGAAGAAUGGGGAAAGUAAGAAAGAUCAUUGGAUUGAAUUGAGUGAGAAAGUAUUGACGGGUGAAAAACAAAUCAUCAAUACGGUAGCUCAUGAGAUGUGUCACUUGGCUACAUGGGUAAUCAGUAACGAAUUCAAAAAUCCCCACGGGAGGAUAUUCAAGUCAUGGGGAAGAAAAGUCAUGCUUGCGAGGAAAGAUGUCCAAGUUACCACGACUCACGCUUAUCAGAUAGAAUAUAAGUAUCAAUGGAAAUGCUCGGCAGCUUGGUGUGGAAAGAUAUACAAACGUCAUUCCAAGUCUAUCGACACCACCAAACAUACUUGCGGAAUAUGUAAAGGUACCCUCGAACCUCUAUUCGAGACGAAAGAAAAGACUGCAUCUGCAUUUCAAGCUUACUUGAAAACCAAUAUGAAAUACGCCAAAUCAUCUAUGCCUGGAUCAUCGCAUGGUGAAGUUAUGCGAGCGUUAUCGAAAAGAUGGAAUGAAUAUGGAGAGAACGGGGAUCAUGAGGUAUUUUGGAGGAGUGCUGCGAUAGCAGCUAGAUCUUAA